UUUGGGCAAGUUGGAAGGAAUUUAUUGACUCUGGCUGUGUCUGUUAUCCAAAAUUCAUUUAAUUCUUCAUUAUCCCCUUUUGUUCCAGAAUUUAUUUUUGCUGUAUUUAACAAAUAUUUUAUAUUAGAAAAAUCAACAGAAGUCACCUACUUUCUAGAGAGAGGAAAAUCAAAGAAAAAAAGAAGAUACCCUCAUAAUAUUCCUGCUCUGAGAUUAACUUUCAUUUUGAUCCAUCGAUCGUUGGAGCUUCCAAGAUUUUCAAGAAUACACCUUUUUUCUAUCUGUAUUCUUGAUUGGUAAUCUGUGGGAUCAAUUCAAUUGGAUCAUUCUGAAGCUGUUUGGUUUUGACAGUUUCUUAGAUUGUAGUAUAACAUUUAGGUUUUGGUUAAAUUGUUGAUUAUUCUGUAUUUUUGGGGGAAUAUAAGUCUAUUGGUAGUUGAACAGAUGAAUGUUGUAGGUAAAGUUAGUAGCUUUAUAACACAGGGUGUAUACUCAGUUGCCACCCCAUUUCACCCUUUUGGUGGAGCAGUUGAUAUAAUUGUGGUGAAACAGCAUGAUGGGACUUUUAGGAGCACGCCUUGGUACGUUCGAUUUGGUAAGUUUCAGGGUGUUCUUAAGGGGGCAGAAAAGGUAGUUAGAAUAGAAGUUAAUGGCAAAGAAGCCAAUUUUCACAUGUAUCUUGAUAACUCCGGUGAAGCUUAUUUUAUCAAAGAGGUCACCGGAGACAAUGAGAAUGAGGAAAAUGGUGGCUUCAAGGAGUCCGAUAGCCUGAAAGGUGAAGGGGAUGGUAGUAAUCUUGGUAAUGUUAACGAUAAAGAAAGUAGAAAAGACGAUGUGCUGUCUAAAAAUGAGGAGGAUGAGUAUAAUGCUGCAGCUGAUUUGCCAUUACGAGACGAACGUGUGACAUUGGGUAUGGAUCGAUUAAAUAGGACAGAUUCGGAUGCUGACCGAAGAUAUUACGAGUUUCCGGAUGAGCAGCCUUCUCUUGAUGAUUUAUCAGAAUACGGAUCCAGUAGAUAUGAUAAUUUAGAAAAUAUGGAGCAUGUUUUAGAAUCACAGGAUUCGGGUUCUGAAGUUGUUCUAGUAAGCGUUGAUGGUCAUAUACUGACAGCACCCAUCUCGUCGUCUGAAAGGAAUACGGAAGAUGUCGAAUUAGACACACCCCAGUUUCAUCUGGGUCCUGGUCAGGGUACUGAAUUUUGUGAUGAUAGCUCAGAGUUCAAUUCAGGCGAUGGCACAUGGGCUGACGAUUAUUUCAGCGAUCUGAACACAUCUAAAGUUGCCUCGGCAGAUACUUGCGACCUGAAAAACGAGAGCACGACAGUCGAGCACAAGGUAGAAGUCUCUGAAGUUGAUGGGAAGCACCUUGAUCAAACUCCAGAAAAUAACCUGAAGCACCGAGAAUCAGAUCUUUGCAUGAAUAGCACUGUGGAGAGCACAUCAUGCAGCAUUAAGAAGGACGACGUAUUCAAGAGCUGUUUAGAGCUAUCAGCAUUAGCCAUGCAGGCGGAGGAUGAGGUUAAUCGGUCAGAUACCGUUUCUCAGUCGGAGAUUCAGGGAGUCGUUGAAGGUGUAGAAGUGAAGUCUCACAUGAGUCCUCCUGCAAUUAGUGAAGCUGAAAAUGGGUUAACUCCUGAUUCCGACCUUCCCUGCAGUUCUCUAUCACGAGAUUUACAGCCUGAAGUUGUAACCCUUCAGAAAAGUGACUUGGACUUGGAUCAUAAUGCUUCAGACACAAAGGAACAGACUGAUGUAACUCUAGCAGUAGAGGAGACACAAAAUGGCGAGCAAGGAUCAGGUGAAUGCACUGAAUGUGACAAUUUGGAGGAUCAGACUGCAGCUUUGCUUAAAGUGAUAUCUGCAGGAGUAGAGAUAUCUCUUUGUAGGAACUUUCUUCAUGCUGGAAUGGGUUCCAUUGCUGCUAGAGAAGCCUUUGAUGCAAAUCGCAUUUCUGAGGAGGAAUUCAGAAGUUCUGCAAAUUCAAUAAUUACUAAUCCAAAUUUAGUUGUCCGAAUUCAAGGAAACUAUUUACAGUGGGACAAAGCUGCUCCAAUCGUUCUCGGGAUGGCUGCGUAUAAUACGGAACUACCAGUUGAAUCUACUGAUUUCAUACCCGUGGAGCAGGAGAAGAACCUAAAAACAGGAGAGGAUGAUAGUGGGUUGCCUUCAACUCCUUCUGGACGACGAUGGAGGCUUUGGCCAAUUCCAUUUAGAAGAGUUAAGACAAUUGAACACACAAGUAGCAAUGCAUCAAAUGAAGAGGUGUUUGUUGAUUCUGAAUCAAGCUCACUGAACCAGCCUACAGAACAAACAGCAGCACCACGAGGAGCUAAGGAAUCUCCUCGCAAGCAACUUGUGAGAACAAAUGUCCCUUCUUCUGAUCAAAUCGACUCUUUAAAACUGAAGGAGGGGCAGAAUUUGGUGACUUUCAUUUUUUCCACUCGAGUCCUAGGGGAGCAAAAGGUUGAAGCCCAUAUAUAUUUGUGGAAGUGGAAUACUCGGAUUGUAAUUUCUGAUGUUGAUGGGACUAUUACCAAGUCUGAUGUUCUUGGUCAGUUCAUGCCUUUGGUUGGAAAGGACUGGACCCACUCCGGAAUCGCUAGACUUUUCUCUGCAAUCAAGGAAAAUGGGUAUCAGCUACUCUUUCUCAGCGCACGGGCAAUUGUUCAAGCUUAUCUGACCAAAAGUUUUCUGUUCAAUCUCAAACAGGAUGGGAAAUCCUUACCACCUGGACCUGUUGUUAUUUCACCUGAUGGUUUAUUUCCCUCGUUGUACAGAGAAGUUAUAAGAAGAGCUCCUCAUGAAUUCAAGAUUGCCUGCUUAGAGGACAUCAAAGCACUUUUCCCAGCAGAUUACAACCCUUUUUAUGCGGGUUUUGGGAAUAGGGACACCGAUGAGCUCAGUUACAGAAAAAUUGGAAUUCCGAAAGGCAAAAUCUUUAUAAUAAACCCAAAGGGGGAGGUAGCGAUUAACCACCAAAUUGACGUGAAAUCCUAUACUUCAUUGCACACUCUAGUUAAUGACAUGUUCCCUCCUACAUCUAUGGUUGAGCAGGAAGAUUUUAACUUGUGGAACUAUUGGAAAAUGCCCUUGGCAGACGUCGAUAACUUGUAGAGAUUUCUUCCCAUUGCGAUGGAUCUUUGUCGAUUUGGGAGGCCGAUGACAUGUUUAGUCGGUAUAUGUAUAACUACUGCAGUUUCCUUUGAAGGGGAACUGCCAUUCAUGUUUCUUUUAAGUGUAAAAUUUCAGUUAAGUAGUCAUAAUUAAUUCAUAUUGUACUCAAAGCAUAACACUGAAUAAAAAUUUUGUUUCUAUUUCUCUUA